AGCCCAGAACGACCUUUCCCCUCUGACCCUUCACCCGCCCCUGCCAACUGACAGCACGGAGGCGCGGAACGCUGGCCUUGUCGCUAGCCGGUCGCUUAUGGAUGACGUCAGGGCCUCCGGGAGCUGCCAGCAUGGAAGAGGCCGCGGCGGGAGGCGGCGGCGGCGCCCCUGCCCCUGCCAUGGGACUGGCUCUCGGGGAGCUGCUGGGGGACGAAUGUUACGCUGAUUUUUUAAGAGAGGACUUCGAUGUAAAGGCUUAUACUUCUCAAUCUAUUCAUCAAGCUGUGAUAGCUGAACAGUUAGCAAAACUUGCUCAAGGAAUCAGUCAACUGGAUAAAGAGCUACACUUACAAGUAGUUGCAAGACAUGAGGACUUAUUGGCACAGGCAACUGGGAUUGGAUCUCUGGAAGGUGUCCUUCAAAUGAUGCAGACUAGAAUUGGUGCUCUACAAAGUACUGUUGACAGAAUAAGAGCCAAAAUCAUCGAUCCAUACAACAAAAUAGUGUCUCGCACAGCACAGCUAGCAAAGCUUCAGGCAGCCUGUGACUUGCUGCGGAGAAUAAUACGCAUCUUGUAUCUAAGUAAGAGACUUCAAGGACAGCUGCAAGGAGGAAGCAGGGAAAUAACAAAAGCUGCCCAGAGUCUCAAUGAACUUGAUUAUCUUUCACAAGGGAUAGACCUCUCUGGAAUAGAAGUAAUUGAAAAUGACCUGCUUUUUAUUGCAAGAGCUCGACUUGAGGUUGAAAAUCAGGCUAAACGGUUACUUGAGCAAGGGGUAGAGACUCAGAAUCCUACUCAAGUGGGAACAGCACUUCAGGUUUUCUACAACCUUGGAACUUUAAAGGAUACCAUUUCUAAUGUAGCGGAUGGAUACUGUGCAUCUCUAGACGAGAAUAUCAACAAUGCUUUGGAUAUCAAAGUUUUGACACAGCCGUCCCAGACAGCUACAAGAGGUGGCCCUGGCCGAGCUGUUAUGCCAACGCCAGGAAACACUGCAGCUUUCCGAGCAGCCCUCUGGACAAACAUGGAGAAACUCAUGGAUCAGAUCUGUGCAGCCUGUGCACAGGUGCAGCACUUGCAAAAAGUACUGACAAAGAAGAGAGACCCUGUUUCACAUGUCUGUUUCAUUGAGGAAAUAGUUAAGGAAGGCCAGUCAGAUAUUUUGUACACAUUUUGGACUGCAGUAACUCAGACUCUUUCCUCUCAAUUUCAGAUGGCAACAGACUCUUCUGUAUUUUUGAAGCAAGCUUUUGAAGGAGAAUACCCUAAAUUACUGAGACUUUAUAAUGACUUGUGGAAGCGCGUACAACAAUACAGUCAAAAUAUUCAAAGAAAUUUUAAUUCAAGUGGAAAUACAGAUCUUUUUGCUGAACUGCAACAGAUGGAAGAAGAUGCACAUGACAUUUUCAUGCAAAAGAAACAGGAUUAUGAUUCAGAAAAAGCCUUGAAAGAUUCAUUGCAACCUUAUGAAGCUGCUUAUUUGUCAAAGUCAUUAUCUCGACUCUUUGACCCCAUCAACCUUGUAUUUCCCCCUGGGGGUCGGAAUCCUCCUUCCACUGAUGAACUGGACAGCAUCAUUAAAACUAUAGCAAGCGAGCUAAAUGUGGCUGCUGUGGACCCAAACCUCAGUUUAGCUGUUUCAAAAAACGUGGCAAAGACCAUACAAUUAUAUGGUGUAAAAUCUGAGCAGCUUCUGUCCACCCAAGGAGAUGCCAGCCAAGUGAUUGGACCCCUUACAGAAGGACAGAGAAGGAAUGUGGCUGUAGUGAAUUCACUGUACAGGCUACACCAAUCAGUGCUGAAGGUAAUUUCCAGCCAGAGUUCAUUCCCAGCAGCUGCUGAACAAACUAUAGCUACAGCCUUAAAGACAAUCCAUGAUCUCAUGGGUAGUGCUGUGCAACCCUUACUGAACUCGGUAGGAGACUCAGUGGAGGCCAUUAUCAUCACUAUGCAUCAGGAAGAUUUUUCUGGAUCAUUAUCCAGCUCAGGAAAACCAGAUGUCCCUUGUUCUCUGUACAUGAAAGAACUACAGGGCUUCAUAGCAAGAGUCAUGAGCGACUACUUCAGACACUUCGAGUGUUUUGACUUUGUCUUUGACAACACAGAAGCCAUUGCUCAGAGAGCAAUUGAACUUUUUAUUCGCAAUGCCAGUCUACUGAGACCCCUUGGUGAAGGUGGGAAAAUGCGACUUGCUGCUGACUUUGCACAGAUGGAGUUAGCAGUGGCCCCACUCUGCAGACGAGUGUCUGAUCUAGGAAAGUCUUAUAGGCUGUUGAGGUCAUUCAGGCCACUGCUGUUCCAGACUAGUGAGCAUAUUGCCAAUAGUCCAGCUGUGGGAGAUAUUAUUCCAUUCAGCAUUAUUCUUCAGUUCUUAUUUACAAGAUCACCACCUGAAUUAAAAUCACCAUUUCAGAGAGCAGAGUGGUCCAUUGCCCGUUAUUCCCAAUGGCUUGAUGACCAUCCUUCUGAAAAGGACAGACUCAUUCUCAUAAGAGGUGCACUGGAAGCUUAUGUUCAGUCGGUAAGAAAUAGAGAAGGAAAGGAGUUCGCACCAGUUUAUCCCAUAAUGGUUCAACUGCUGAAGAAAGCGAUGUCGACACUUCAGUAACAGCAUCCAACCCCAAUGCUACUCAAAUUCUAUACUGUUAAUUGGGCACUGACAGAUGAAUGCUUAUAGGGUUAAUAUAAAUAAUUAUUUUCAAAAGUGCUAUUAGAAAAAACCCAUCUAAUAAAGGUUCUAACAUCUUCUUUUUGUACUCUGUAUUCCUCAACUUUGUCUAAACAGUAGGAAAUGUUUUAUUGUAAUGGAAUAAUAUAAUUUCACACAAUGAUUCUCAGACCAUAUUUGCCAAAUAUUUUCUAAUAUCCUUUCUGAAUUUAGAAGUUAAAAAACAAAAAUUAGGACUUUCUCAAAUGUUCUAUACGCUUCAGUAAAUGAAUUCUAAUAAGUAAUACCUACACAUUUAGCUAUUUUCCUGUAAAUAUGGCACAAAAAAGAGCGUGAUUAAAUAUUAGUGAUAUGCAGAAAGGUAGCUUUUUUUCAAUGUUAGAAUGAAAGGGUCUAAACUUCAGUAGAGUUAGAUCAGUUUGUCUAACAUUCCAUGUAAAAAGCAUUAUUUAUCUCAAAAUAAAGUAGAUUUGAUUCUCUGCACCAUCAUUAGCGCUUUGAAGUUGAUUUUGAAUCUUUUUGCUACAAGUGUAAUAAAGAGCAUCUACUAUCUUUUGAUCUUGAAUUCAAUAUUUCAAAUUCAAUAAGUGGCUUCCUUAUUACAAAGCAUCAAACAUACAAGAUGUGUGCAGUAAAAAUCUCCUACACAUUUGGUUCUUUAUGAAACUACACAAGGCUUUAUACAGAUUUGCGGUAAUUAAAAUGUGUAUUUCUGCACACCUGACUUAAUGACUUUUUUUUAUAUAAACUAAAGAAGACUAAACACCAACAAGAAGUUUUACAAAUUUAUUUGAAAUAAUAUACAAGAAUAUAGUGUGCAAAAAUCUUAGGGGCAACAUCCUGUAGACAUGUCAUGAACAAUUAAUUUACAGUUGUGAUUCUUAAAAAAGAAACACACUGCUUGUUUAGUAACAUGAAAAGCCAUGAUUGUAAAAGUUUACAGCAAAAGCAGCUGUAAUUCUAAUGUAUCUGGUCUAAUUUUAGACAGUUGGAGGAAAAAAGUAAAGUGCAAGUGUUGCACCUACAUAAGUGCAAAGUUUGCCCCCACCAUAAACAUAUAUUAUGGCAAAAUAAAAUAUAAUCAUAGAAUAUGUGGCAAAGGAGACAAAACACGAAGUUAAAAGUACAAUGGUGACAAUUAUCAUUUGCAAUAUUUUCUUGAGAUAAUGCAAUGCUAUUAAUUCAUUUCAUCCUGACCCAAGCCAUUAUUUCCAUUGGAAAUAAUAGCUCACAGUAUUGUCAGCUGGUGCAAAAACAUCACACCAUGGAUAUAAAUUUUACAUGUGGCACCCUACUAGGCAACUCUCUUGCUAUGGUACACUACACUGUCCACUUACCACAAUCUGGUAGCUUGUUGGCAUGGGGCAGACUGGGAGUUCACAGGUUAGUACUAAUGCUUUUUGCCAUUUCAGGAAAUCCCAGCUCCCAGAAUCAUAAUUAAUUAUAUGGCUUGUGCAAUACAUAUUAAUCAGCAAUAUAAAUCAAUGUAUAAACAGCUGUUACAUAUUUUAAAAUUCCCCUUUUUGUACAUUUUAAAAAAAACAUUUAUACACAUCUCUUCUUUUUCCUAAUUUACUUAGCACCACAGGAUAUCCAUUUUCAAGCCUAUAUUACCUGAUAGACAUAUAUGAAGUUUGGAAGAAAAAUAAGGCAAUUUGGUUUAAAAUGUUGAUAGUUUUAGGUUACUGAAUGCUCUAUUGUAAAAAGCAAAUCCUCACUCAUGUUAAAUCAUUUUCUGACUUGAUAAUGCCAGCAUUUUGUGGUCUCACAAAUUCACAACAAAUGGUAAGACCUUGAUCUUCAUAAAUCUCUCCAUCAAGUGUCAGCCGUUUAGUUAACAAUAAAAUUCUGAUUUAAUGUUGUUGUGAGCCCUGUAAAAACAGUAACAAAAGAGAAACCAGGUUAGCAAUUACAAAUCAAAGAGAAAUACAGAUGCAGAAGUAGUAUGAGAUGUGAAAAGGAUUUAUUUACAGAAUGUAGAAAAGUACUUGCAUUUGCUGAUCAAGAUGAACAUGC